AUGCUCAUCCUGCUCACGCACAUGAGCGUGCUGCCAAAGCCGCUGCCGGCGAGCGGGCUCACCAAGGGAAGUACAGUUAUCCCGACGAUCGCAAGGCGAGACGGCGGCAACGUCGAGCAGAUGCUUCGGAAGCGGGAGGAGAUGCUGUCGGCAGGCCUCUACCCGGGAGUCGACUAUCUGAUUGAGGACGUGUCGACACAGGGUGGUGGCGUCGUGGUGAGCGUGCGCCCGGCCUACGACCUGGUCAAGAAGCUGGAGCGCAGCGACUGGCCUGUGUCGGUGCCGUUCAGCCUCGCUCCCCGCUGGUACACGCCGCGAGCGUACAACACGCUAGUCGCCUCCUUCGCGGCACUCAUCGCGGUCGGAUGGCUGGCGGUCGGCGCGCUCCUCGCCUCCGCCCUCACGCUCUCGGUCGUGCCGAGCGACUCGAUGCUGCCGGCGGUGCAGCGUCGCGACGUGCUUCUCGUCGACAAGGUGUCGCCGCGCCUCGGCUGGCGGCCCGAGUCCGGCGAGCUCGUCCUCUUCCGCCCGCCCGACGCGCUGCGGGAGAUUGUCCGCCGCCAGUCCGCCGCUGCCGGCGGCGGCGAGGGGCGGGGAGAGGCCCUCUUCCUCAAGCGAAUCGCGGCGCGCGGCGGCGACGCGGCCUCGCCGCCCGAGGUGGAGGUCUUCCCCGACGGCGCGGCGACCAUAGACGGGCGGCGCAUCCGGAGCGCGGUGGCGGCAGACAGCCCCGUCGCGCGCUUCGUCGCGCCCACGCGCUUCUCCCUUGCUGACGACGCUUACGUCGUCCUCGGAGACAACGAGGCGGUGAGUGUCGACUCGCGCUGCUGGGGCCCGCUGCGGCAGCGGGAGGUGGCCGGGAGGCCGCUGCUCAGGGUGCUGCCGCCCGGCCGGUUCGGCGUCGUGAAGGAGCUGUUCCGUGGGAGCAUCCCGGGGAUGUCGCUUGCCGCCGUGAGCGCGAGCACAGAGGCGAGUGCUCGCUCGAAAGCCGCGUUGGCCGGUCUCACCGACGUUGCUGUGCUCACUGCAUCAGAGCUGGCUGCGCACGCAGAUGUCGUGGUCGAGGCGCUGCCGCCGUCAUUGUUCCUCGACGUUGCGCAGCCAACGCUGGCGGCGGGCAAGACGCUACUCGUCCUGAGCGUGACGCAGCUGCUUCUGGAGUACGAGGUGCUUCAAAAGCUAGCCGCCAGUUCAGGCGGCAGAAUCCUCGUCCCGAGUGGUGCUCUCUGCGGCUUGGACGCAGUCAAGGCGGCCACAGAGGGUGGGAAUGUGACGUCGGUCGUGAUGCAAACGCGCAAGCCACCCGCGUCGCUCGCAAAUGCGCCGUUUGUGCGUGAGCAAGGGCUGAACCUGUCAGAGCUCGCUGAACCGCAGCGCCUCUAUGCUGGAAGCGUGAGCGACGCGGCCCAGCGAUUCCCUGCCAACGUCAACGUCGCCGUCGCACUCUCCUUGGCGGGUAUCGGACCGGAUCGCACGAAGUACGAGCUCUGGGCCGAUCCGGGAGUCGAGCGGAACACGCACACCUUUGCGGUGAAGUCUGCAGAGAGCAACUUUGAGGUUCGAAUUGCGGGCGUUCCAACUGAGAGCAACCCGGCUACGGGCGCGCUGACACCGCUCUCUGCCAUGGCCACGCUCCGAGGGCUCGUCUCGACAGUGCGAGUGGGUACAUGA